AUGAUACCUACAGAACCAGAAAAUAUAAAAGCUGCAGUGACUGACUCAAGAACAAUACUACUCUCAUGGUUACCACCACUAUACCCUAAUGGAAUAAUCAGAAGUUAUAGAGUUUAUAUGAGAUCACUAGAGGGGAUGGCCAUGGAUAAAGAUAAAUUUGACAUUCCUGCUGAACGAACUCACCACAUAGUUUCACCUUUAAAAACAGACAAUCAGUAUGAGUUCUGGGUAACAGCAGUUACAACAGUUGGAGAGGGAUCAGAAUCAAGGCAUAUAGUGCAAGCACCAACUGACAAUGCCCCAGCAAAGAUAGCCUCAUUUGGUCAAUUUAUCACUACAGCUCUUCAUGAAACUCUAAGACUAUCAUGCCGUGCUGUAGGCCAACCUGAUCCACAUCAGUACUGGAGGAAGAAUGGAAACCCAAUUGAAGAGGAUAGUCGUACACAAAUAAUUGAUGCUUGGUUACUGCAGAUCAGUCCAGUACAGAGCACUGAUGCUGGAAAUUAUUCAUGUUCAGCAGAAAAUAUGUAUGGGAAAGAUAAAAUCACCUACUAUGUUGCAGUACAAGUUCCACUAGCACCAACUAAUUUGCAUGCUUCAUCGGCAACUGUUUCAAGCAUCACACUAAAUUGGCUGCUUCCAUCAGAUACUGACCAUAAGAUUCAAGGGCAUUAUUUAUAUUACAAGAGGGAAUUUGGAGAAUGGGAAAGAAUCAAAUUAAAGGCAGAGGAGACUGGUUUUACACUUAACCAUCUGCAAUGUGGCACGAAGUAUUACUUUUAUCUUGAGGCAUUCAGUCAACUUCGGCACAGUGAGCCAACAUCUACAAUCGCUGCAUUUACCCAGGGUUCAGCACCAUUUGCACCGAGCAUAUCUGAUUUAAUACAAGUAAAUUCCAGUUUCAUUUUGUUAAACCUGACAUCAUGGGAUGAUGGCGAUUGUCCUAUUACAUCUAUUGUAAUUGAGUAUAGACAAAAGAAUGAUAAUUCCUGGACACUUGUUUCAAAUAACAUCAAGAAAGAGCAGAGUGAAUUUCUCAUUUUAGAUCUAAAUCCAGGUACUUGGUAUACCUUACGUGUUACUGCUCAUAACAGUGCUGGUUCAACUGUGGAGCAUUACAAUUUUGUUACUCUCACACAUUUUGGAGCUACAGUUGCUCCAGAAUUAAGAACACCUUCUGGAUCUGGGAGAAAACCAUUUUAUAAUGAUGCAGGAACAGUAGCAGCUAUUAUCAUUGGUCUAACACUUACUGUUAUUGCAGCUGCUGUUUUGUUUUUCUGUUUGAGAAGACACAAUAUGAUAUCAUGUAACAAAUACAGAGAGAAACCUCAAGAUACAGGACACUUAGCCAUUGCAGACAAAAGAGUGGCACAGAAUACAUAUGUUAACAGCGAUAGUGGUAAAGACUCCUCAAACAUCCCAGAACCAACAUAUCUGCCAAAUCCCAUGUGCAUGACUCUAGGUCACAGGCAAAACAUAAGUCCAUAUGCAACUUUCCAAGUGCCAGUUUCUGGUGGCCCUAACUGCUCUGAUGGUGAAGUGGAAUCAGACACACAGGACAUCAGUCACAAACAACACAUAAGCAAGUGUGGUAGCAGCACUGAGUCAACAUACUCCAGAAUUCAUAAAGGAUUUCAGCAUGGAAAUGAAACUCCUGAAUGGAUUCCCUUGCAUAAUUUGUAUCAAGCACACAGAUACUAACAUCCAUCCUUCACAGUUUGCAAUAUGACUAAGUCACUGAAGAAUGCAGUAAAGAGAAGCAAGUCAACUCCUAAGUGCCUUCUAACUGAAGAAAUAAAACACUAUUUAUAAAGCUUUAUGAGGCAGGUGAUUUUUUUUUAAUAUACAUAUAUAUUUGAUGUUGAUCUCAGGUUGAUGUUUUGUACAAAAUCAUUCUACUAUUAGUGAUUGUGACAAUAAUGUUUCUCUCCACACAUGAAAAAAUAUUUGCGUGUAAAAUUUAUUUUAUGCCACUCAGUAAGCCAAAAUAUUUUAUCUUGUGACACUUCAUCUACUGUAUUAAAAUGAUGUCAGUCACCUCUAAAUAAAAGAAUGAUGAUAAAUCUAUCAGUAUUUCAGAACUUUUAGUGGAGGUAAUGGAACCUAUACAUUUUAUUACUUACACUGCAACAUUGGAAUAUUACAUACAACUAACUGUUACUCUCUGACUUGACAUAACAACUCAUGAUACUUUUAAGUAUUGAAUAAUGAUUAAGAAUGUAUGUUAAAUGUUUUAUA